GAAGUAGACAGUGUCUACUAGACACUGACUUUAGUGUUGGAAGUCACUUUGAAGUAGACAAUCGUGUCUUUUAUUCUCUGUUUCUUCUAUCGCGCUUAUAUUGCGUUUUCAACGUAAAACUGUCACACAGUGUGAAUUGAUUUUUGAUGGAAUUAUAGUCUGAAUAAGUGUUAAAUUGCGUUUGAUAAGAGACGUGAAUCAGACGUGAAUCAGACGUGAUAAAGUGUCAGUUUUUUAUCGAUUUUGAAGUGAUUAACGUUUACUCUCACUCAACAUUUCAAUCGUUGUGAUGAACAUCUGAAUUUGAGAGAGCAGUGUCCGCGAUUUUUUUAUUUCACAAUAAACAAAACCGAAAUCAAGAGAGCUUUACAUUGUUUGAAAUUGAGAUUAAAAUCCGGAUACGAUAUUUUUAUAAUUAAUUUUGUUUUGUAGACUCAUAAUUAAGAAUAGCAAGUCAUGCCUAAUACGAAUGUGUUGUCAUCGAAUAACGUUGAUGAAUCUAACUCAACGACAAAUGGUGAUAUCCAGCAAAAUGAAUUAGAAAUACCACAUCGACACUGGGAAGAAGUGACAUUUGAGGUUCCAUGGGGCACAGUCGCCGGAAAAUGGUAUGGCGAUCGUGAUAAACAGCCCGUAAUAGCCCUUCAUGGAUGGCAAGACAACAGCGGAACUUUCGAUCGCCUGAUACCCCUUCUACCUAAAACAAUAGCAGUGUGGUCAAUCGAUUUACCAGGACACGGAUAUUCAUCACAUUUUCCAACCGGAAUAAACUAUCAUGUUUUUUGGGAUUACAUUCCAUUGGUGCGACGUAUAGUGAAACAUUUCGGAUGGAAAAAAGUGAAAUUGAUGGGCCAUUCUCUGGGUGGCGCAGUGUGUUUUAUGUAUGCUGCAUCGUUUCCCGAUGAAGUUUCGCAAUUUAUCAGCAUUGAUUUGUAUGGUCCAAGUGUACGUGAUCUGAAGAAAAAUGCUGCCAUGACCGGACACUGUAUCGACAAAGCUUUGGAAUAUGAAAGGUUACCAGCUUCAAAACUUCCAUGUUAUUCGUACGACGAGAUGAUUACAGUGGCGAAUGACGCAUAUAAAGGAUGGAUUGAUAGAGACGCAGCCAAAAUUUUAAUGAUUCGAGGCAUGAAAGAAGCCCCCAAAAGUCAUUCAAAAGAUGGAUAUUUCUUUUCAAGAGAUCUUCGAUUGAAGGUUUCUUUGUUGGGAAUGUUUUCAUUAGAGCAUGUACUUGCGUAUGCCGAAUUGAUAAAAUGUCAUGUGCUAAACAUCAGAGCGGUGCCCGGUAUAGAACUUGAAAAACCAGAAAUAUAUCCAAUGGUCCUCGAUGCAAUGCGAAAAAAUGCCACACUUGAAUAUCACGAGGUACCCGGUACUCAUCACCUACACUUAAUGACUCCACACCGAAUCAGUGGAAUAAUAAGCGGAUUCUUAUUGAAUCCAGAUUCAAACAACGAUGAUUAAUAAAUCAAAAAACAAACCCUUAUUUGAUUAAACUUUGCCAUCGAUUUCAAUAAAACAUUUCACACGCGAGCAAUUUUAGUAUUCCAUGCAAACACACAAUCUAUAGAUUUCAUUUCCGUUUCAUCUUGAAUGCAAAAAUAGCUUACUCAUUUUUAUAUUACUAUCGCUUCAUGCAAUUCUAAGAGAAAUUCGAGGACGAUGUAUAAAUCUCGUGGGGAGUUCCAUACUUUGGCAUUGUUAUUUAUUCAAAAAGAAAAAGAAAACGACAUAAUAUUCAAAAUAUUCAAGACCAACAAAUUUGUUGUCAAAUUGAACGACACUGAGUGUCGGAUACUCACCGCAGUGAAAAAGAUACACAGAAUUAUUAUUUAUUCAAAUUAUGGAAUUUAGGACAGGACAUUUUAAACAACAAACAUACGAAAAUAAACAAAUGAAUUAUGUUGAAAAUAAAAA